ACAAAUUGGAAAUUUAAUUGGUAUUGCACCUUGGAAUUUGGUAUUAAUGCCACCACCUCAAGCUAAUAAUACAGAAGAGGCAGAUGAAGAAGAAUAUAAAGGACUAGCAGACCCACAUCAUGAAAAUUAA